AGACUUCGACCGAGUAACAGCGCGUCCCCGCAGCUGCACGGCGCUAAUUUAGAUAGUUUAGUAACCAAGAAAUCUUCCCCCUCCUCCUCCUCCUCCUCCUCCUCCUUUGGGAAUUAAUCCAUGUUAUUGCACACGUAUGGACGACGGAUAGUGGAGCAUUGGCGACCUUGGAGUUUACAGUUUUCAUGACUUGUUGGAAGCUUAUAAAGCGGGUUCCGGUGGCGAUAUGUGUUUUUUUUUUUCUCUGUCAGGAAGUUUGACGUAUCCAGAUUAUUUCUUACUUUGUUUUGGUUGGUGAAAGUUGUGGACUACCUCUGGCUACAAGAAACAGCGAGACAACUCGCUGUUUUACUCUGUGGUUGGAAGAAACAAGAAACCGCUUGUUGUUGUUGUUUUUCUUUUAUACAAAGUCAGUUUGGAUCUCUUAUGAAUUCUCCAGGAACCGCAAUUUAGUGUAGUUUACUGUAAACACCGAUGGAGUUUGAUUUCUCUUGACAUAACAAACCGAGUGUAUGUGUUUAAUAACCGUAUGCAUGUAGUGUUUUUACCUCCGAGUGUCAUUGCGCUCACUUUUCUGAACUCCAUCAUGUCUUUACGCACUGAAUCAAACUCCCCUGUGCUGCUGUUAUAGGCCACAGAUGGGCCUUCAUGUUGUCUUAUGUGCUUGUGUUUAUAUCCCCAUUUAACAUGCAGUCCGAUGCAUUAUGUGCAAUGCAGUCAUAAACGCGCACAUAUCUCCAGCCCGGGCUAUUUUGGACUCCAACCUGGCAACACAGUGAAGGAAAAUCUGCAAACUUAGCAGGAAGAGAGGACAUCAAAAUCACGGAAAUCGUGCGGGUCUUUUUGUUUUUUCCUCCUCUGGCGAGCUGGUACUCACAAAUGGAUUUCAUACAGGCCACACGGUUAUUGUUACACCUUGUUUAGGCAUGGGCAGGGGAGGACACAGCUCCACGCGUUGUUAUUGAAUGUGACCUCUGAAAAUGUUUUGGAAAUGUAAGUUUUCCAAAAAGAAAAAGAAGAAACCAGAGGCUGCAGCGGGGCAGAAGUUUGUUUUUUUUAGGGGGGGUGGGAGGCACAGCUGGAGCAGUCUGAUGUAGGAUUUUCCAUCGGAACUAUUUCUCUUUAACUCACAGCUGUCUGCUGCGUGUUUUGUUUUGUUUUUGUACAACCUGGAAAAAGUGUCCCUUAGUGUGUGUGUGUGUGUGCUGCUUUCGUUUUUUUCCGCUGAAAAAGAAGAGCCCCUGUUACCUGGGGGGGUCAGCCCCGCCAUGGCGCCCCCACAUUCACGCACACUCCCCGGGGUCGUGGUCUGACUGAGGCACCGAUGGACCUGAGCUGCGGCUGGACCUACUGCGUCAUCUCUGCCGCGAGACACCGGUGACCGGAGAGAGAGAAAGAGAGAGAGAGAGAGAGAGAGAGAGACGGGGGGGGGGAGGGGAGAAGCCCCCAGGUGUUGUCCCGACAAAGGUCGUCACGGCUACAGGCUGCGGGUGGGUUGGCACAGCAGAGGCACAUUUCUAAAGACUAGACCACGUACGCAAAUAUCGUCACAAUGAAUGAGAGGCAGGCUCUCCACUCUAUAAUGAAGGACCUGGUUGCCCUCCAAAUGACGCGGCGCCAGCCCGUGUUGUCGUAUGACAGCGGCAAGCCCAAGACACCAGCCCAGGCCAACAGACAGGACGAUGUCAGGAUGAAGUUUGAAUUCUCAGGAGAGAGGAGGAUUCUUAUGUUUGGACGACCUGUGCAGUUCGAGGAAAUCCAUCAGAAAGUCAAGACUGUCUUUGGCCAGCAGUUAGACCUGCAUUAUAUGAACAAUGAGUUGUCCAUCCCUCUGCGAAAUCAGGAUGACCUGGACAAAGCAAUCGACCUGCUGGACAGAAGCUCCAACAUGAAGAGCAUCAGGAUUCUGCUGCUCACACAGGAAAACAGCAAUGCCUCCUCCCCCUCCCAUCAUGUGCCGUGUAAGCAAGUGAGGAUCAAGUCCUCCCAGUCCACGGGAGAUGUUAGCACGGUGUAUCAAUCCUCCGAGCCCAGGGGGCGCCACCUAUCAACUGGUUCUCAGAACACGGGGCGUAGCUCGCCGCCCCCUGGUUAUGUGCCUGAACGCCAGCAGAGGAUCGCCCGCCAAGGUUCAUACACCAGCAUAAACAGCGAGGGGGAGUUCAUCCCAGAGACCAGCGAUCAGUGUGUCCUGGAUCCCUGGAGCAGUGCGGAAAACUCUGUCUCUGGAAGUUGUCAGUCUCUGGACAGCAACUCAGAAAGCCCCUCACUGAGGAAGUCUCGCAUGCACAGAGCCAAGAGUUACCCCGAUAAUCGUCAGGAGUGCUCAGACAGGGAGAAUCAUGUGUAUGACAGGGUAGCGGGGAAAGGAGGCACCUAUCCCCGCAGAUACCAUGUCUCCCUGCAUCAUAAGGACCACAGUGAAGGCCGUCGAACCUUUCCACGGAUUCGCCGCCCCCAGGGCAACCUCUUUACUCUGGUGCCCUCACGGAGGUCGCUCAACGGCAGCGAGGAGAGUCUGGGCAGCUGGCAGCUGGUUGAUGCUCAGGGAAGGCUCCGUCCCCAAGAUCGUUCUGUCGCCCAUAAGUCACCCAGUGCUCCCAUGACGUGGCGACGGGGGAAGCUUCUGGGCCAGGGAGCGUUCGGUCGGGUUUACCUGUGUUACGAUGUGGAUACUGGGAGGGAGCUGGCUGCCAAGCAGGUCCAGUUUGAUCCUGAGAGUCCUGAGACCAGCAAGGAGGUCAGCGCUUUGGAGUGCGAAAUCCAGUUGCUUAAAAAUCUGCAUCACGAGCGCAUUGUUCAGUACUACGGCUGUCUGAGGGACCACAAUGAGAAGACCCUCACUAUUUUCAUGGAGUACAUGCCGGGGGGUUCAGUCAAAGACCAGCUGAAGGCCUAUGGGGCCCUGACAGAAAAUGUGACCCGGAAGUACACAAGACAGAUCCUGGAGGGCAUGUCCUAUCUGCACAGCAACAUGAUUGUACACAGGGACAUCAAAGGUGCCAACAUCCUGCGGGAUUCAGAGGGCAAUGUGAAGCUUGGAGAUUUCGGUGCCAGCAAGAGGCUGCAGACCAUCUGCAUGUCUGGCACCGGCAUCCGCUCUGUGACCGGCACCCCCUACUGGAUGAGCCCGGAAGUGAUCAGUGGAGAGGGCUACGGCAGGAAGGCUGAUGUCUGGAGCCUUGGAUGUACGGUGGUGGAGAUGCUGACAGAAAAGCCUCCAUGGGCUGAAUAUGAGGCCAUGGCGGCAAUAUUCAAGAUCGCCACCCAGCCCACCAACCCACUGCUGCCCUCGCACACCUCCGACCAGGCUCGGGACUUCAUGAGCUGCAUUUUUGUGGAGGCCAAACACAGGCCCAGUGCUGAGGAGCUGCUCAGACAUCCCUUCUCCCAGAUUCUGUGCUGAAACCUGCCUGGUUUCUGAACUAUACGCACAGAGUGGCACAGUAGCCUCAGCAGUAUCUGUAGCUUUCUCGAAACCCCUCCACGGCAGAGAUCUGGACAAGGAACUGGUCUAGAAUUUAGUGUUAAACCCUCUGCCACCAUUCCGAUGCUUCAAGAAGAUUUAGGCUCCUCUCACAAAUCCAAAUAACAGACAGUUGGACAACAGGAGUCAUCAAUGCCUUGAAAACCAAUGCCAGUACGUGCUCUUGUAUGAGUUGCCACCAGGGGGAAACAAAACACAGAUUAAAUAUCUGGUGGGCUGCUGAUCCUUCUUAGAUACACACACACACGCAC